UAGACCUUAGUGUUGUGGGUUGCUGCCAAUAGUCUUUAAACUAAGUCAAAUUUAAGGGCUGGUCGUCCUUCAUUGGACCGCCUUUCUUCACGCAUGCGCGUUUAGGUGAGGCCUUGUGCUAAGGCCCUAGGUGGCGCCUUUUUAAUCCUUUUAAACACUGUUUAUUAGGCAUUCAGUUCUAAUAAAUUAUGAGCAACUGAUACAAUCUAUCUUAAUAUAAUAGCAAAAGGUUUCUUGGGGCAUAAGUUCCCGCCAAAAUUGCAUGGACCAAAGGCUUGCAAUUGAAGAUUCUAGGUAUCCCGGUCAACAUGAUGAACGUCAGGGGGCUUGCUGAUUUAAAGAAGAAAAAGUCCUCCAAGGCCCCGAAGGGAACGGAUGUUGGCGUCCCAAAACCCGCCGGUGACUUCUUCAAGAAGCUGGAGGGGCCGUCGGCGGCCCCAAAUACUGAUGCAGCUGCCGCUGCCAAGAGAAAAGUUGCGGGCAAGGCUCCCGAGAGCAAAAAGCCGAAGACCGGGGAUGCCGGGAAGAAAGGUCCCCCCGUGGUCAUUGUUGACGAUUGCCCCGCCUCCGGGAUGCACGAGGAGAUGACGGUGGCGGAAGUGCCGGGGGGUGUCCGGGAGCCAUCUUCCGAGGUCCUAACGGUUUCCCUCCCGGUAGGUACGGCCGUGAUGAAUUGCACGGCUGACCCGAGGGUGCUUCUGAGGGGUAUGACCCCUGAGAUUGACAGAGCAGCCCUCGGGGCUGAUGAUGACCAAGCCCUUGAGGACAAGAUCCUCCGGUCUUCCCUCACGACCUGCAUUGCCCUCGGAGAGCAGGCCCGGAGGCUAGAGGAGUGGCGUCUUCGCAAGGCCGAGCAGGAUGCCAAGAUGUGGGAGCUCAUCCGCCAGAAUUCCGAUGCCAUCUGGCAGAUGGCUAUGCUGGAGGAGAGCCUUUGGCAGAUGACCCUGCGGGCGGAGGCCGCAGACCGGGGCAAGGCCGAGGCUGAAAGGUCCGCAGCUGAGGCCCUUGAGAGAGCUGUUAGGGAGGCCGAGGCCGCCAAGGCGGAGGCCGUCGAGAAAGCCCGAGGGGAUGCCAUCUCUGGUUUCUUGGCAGGGGGUGGUGAGCAGAGGAGCACAAGCAAUGGCUGUCCUCGGUCGUCGAGUCCUCGGUCGACGAGUGGUGCGAUGGGCCCGGUGUGGAGUGGUUACUUAGAUUUUUUUUAAGUAUUUCCUGCUGCUAGCCUUCGGAGGGGACCCUUCGGUUGUAGGCGUUGUAGGUUUAGGAUAGUUCCCUUUGCCUUGUGAUGUUGGCUUGUGGCAAUAAAAGCCUUAUGUUGUUUGUUAUAUCCCCUCGUCUUGUAGUGAGGUGCCGGAGGUGAUUCUUGAUUUGAUUUGGCCACCAUUUGAUAGUUUUGUUAUGUAGUGGCCUUCGGGGACGCUUUGAGUUAUUGUUGGCUGAGCCUGCCAUGUUUUGUAGUAUUUGAACCUUCGAUUUUAGGUGUAGCCGGAGGCAAUCCUUGAGUGGACUUAGCCAUUUGUUGAUGAUGUCCGUUGUGAAUGGUAUCCUUUGUACUUGUGAACUUUCACGUAACGGAGGCGUUCCCUUGGGGAGCCCUCGGUAUGUUUCUGUG